UAUAAAUAGAUUAUUAACCUAAGCUUGAUAGAGAAGACAGAACAAAAAAAAACACAAGAACAGGGCAAGGAAAAUGUCGGUUUUCCUCUGUUUCCUCGUCCUCUUACCCCUGAUCUUAAUCUUCUUGAACGUUUUGAAACCUUCGAAAUAUAAGCUUCCUCCGGGUCCAAAGAAGCUUCCCAUCAUCGGAAACUUACACCAACGCAGGACACUACAUCCGAGGAAUCGCCGUAAUCUCGCCGAAAUGUAUGGACCAGUGGCGCUUCUCCAAUACGGAUUCGUCCCCGUGGUCGCGAUCUCUUCGAAAGAAGCAGCAGAGGAAGUGCUAAAGAUCAACGAUCUUGAGUGUUGUAGUCGACCAGAGGCGGCCGGAAUGAGAGCAACUUUUUACAACUUCAAAGACAUCGGGAUGGCACCCUUCGGUGACGAGUGGAGUCUGAUGCGGAAGCUCUCGGUGGUCGAGCUCUUCAGCGUGAAAAAGCUUCAAUCUUUCAAGUAUAUCAUAGAGGAAGAGAAUAACUUGUGUGUCAAGAAACUCUCUGAGUUUGCUACGAGACAAUCUCCGGUGAAUCUUGAGAGAGCCAUUUUCACUUUAGUCGGAAAUAUAGUGUGUCGUAUCGGGUACGGGAUAAAUCUCUAUGAGUGUGAUUUCUUUGAAGCUGAUAGAGUCGUGGAUCUUGUGCUAAAGGCUGAAGCGGUCAUAAGAGAAACUGUGUUCUCUGAUUUCUUUCCCGGAAGAAUCGGUAGGUUCAUCGACUGUAUCUCCGGUCAGAACAGGAGAUUGAAGAAUAAUUUCUCGGUAGUAGACACUUUCUUUCAGAAUGUUCUUAACGAGCAUCUUAAGCCUGGAAGAGAGAGCUCUACUAUUGUUGACUUGAUGAUCGAUAUGAAGAAGAAGCAAGAGAACGAUGGAGAUGCUCUCAAGUUCACCACUGAUCAUCUCAAAGGAAUGAUCUCGGACAUAUUUGUAGCAGGGAUUGGUGGAGUCGCUGGCAUAACACUAUGGGGAAUGACCGAGCUGAUCAGAAACCCAAGAGUGAUGAAGAAAGUGCAAGACGAGAUUCGGACAACACUUGGGGACAAGAAGGAGAGAAUCAAAGAAGAAGAUCUAAACCAACUUCACUACUUUAAGCUCGUGGUCAAGGAGACAUUAAGGUUACAUCCAACAACUCCACUCUUGCUCCCAAGACAGACAAUGUCUCAUAUCAAGAUUCAAGGCUACGAUGUUCCUGCGAAAACACAGAUCUUAGUCAACGUUUAUGCGAUGGGUCGUGAUCCAAAACUCUGGGAAAACGCAGAUGAGUUUAACCCUGACAGGUUUCUCGACAGUUCCGUUGAUUUUAAAGGAAAAAACUACGAGUUUAUACCGUUUGGAUCUGGUAGGAGAAUAUGUCCAGGGAUGACAAUGGGUACCAUACUUGUUGAGAUGGCAUUGUUGAAUUUGCUUUACUUCUUCGAUUGGGGAUUGGCGAAGCAGGAGGAAGCCAAAGAGAUCAUCAAUGGGGAAGAAAAUUUUCUAGCCUUCUUUCAAGUUCUUCACCACUGAAUAUAUGGUUUGGUUCCUAUCAAAAAAAAUAUAUAUAUAUGGUUUUGUUAUGUACACUAGUUUCUAAGAUAAUAAAUGAAAAUUGUAUCUGCUUUUGAUUUAGUUUCAAUAAAAAUAAAAAGUGAUGAUCCAGUUGGAGUCAGCUUCUAAAUAUCUGUAUUGUUAAUGGUGGAACAUUAUAUCCAUAUUUUUAAUUUCAUAAUUAAUGUUAAAAUCUUUCACUUGUGUUUG